AUGGAGGGUCCUGACGGGAAUCAAGCACUGGAGUCCGUCGUAGGUGCUGAUGGACUAAGGCAGUUCAUCAUGUUACCAGAGUGGACAGUGCAUAGGUUCACAUCCGUCAUCCGGGAGAGACAUUUCAGUACCUUUAGAACAAAUUUUCAGAUUCCAGACUACAUCCCGAUCCGUCUUCCCUACGUGUCGGAGAGAUGUUAUUAUGACGGAGUAGAAGGUGUUGGAGUGUACGAGCAGGUGUUGAAGGCUGGACUUCGGUUCCCGCUCUCUACACUCCAUAGGGAACUCUUGCAUUACCUGGGACUGUCCGUCACCCAGAUUUCUCCAAACGCCUGGAGGGUCUUCAUAGCAAUGGAGAUUCUUUAUGGCGCAAUGUCGAAUGGAGAAAGGAGACUGACGGUCCGUGAAUUUCUUCACUGUUACCGUCCAGAUGAGAUUGAUAGAUCAAGGGGGUUGUACCGUUUUGCUAGUCGAAGUCCCUUGUUGAAGGUCAUCUUUGAGACCCCAGACUCAAAUAGAGACUGGAAGAGUCGCUAUUUCUUCCUGGAGGGUGACAGGUGGAUGAACCGUCCAGGAGAGACGGAGUACAUGCCCGUCGAUACAACUUGGGGGAUAAUAAACCAAGCGCGUAGAGGGCGCCCGCAGGUUAGCCUCGAGGAAUUUAGUUUCCUUGAAAAGGUUUGUAGAAAAGCUAAGCCGGACGAAAGGACCUGGGCCAAGUUAGUGAAUCCAAAGACAAUACACUGGUAUUGUGACGGUCCAGAACCUACCCGUGAGGCCAUUGCUUACGACGAAAGAAUACACAAACAAAUGGACGACGCCAAGAGAAGAGCCAUGAUAAAAUCUCUAGCCGUCGAGCAAAAGAAGACGGGUGAGAUCGUUGUUCCCAGUGUGCCGGGGUCAUCGGGCAAGAGGAAGCAGCCACCAAAGUCCGACCGUCCACACAAGCAGCCAAAGGUGUCAAUGGAGCCCAUCGUGGGCUUGAUGGCUGAGGGCCCUAAGGCCGUCAACCAAGUUAAACAGGGGGCCGGUAAGGGCCUAAUGCAUGCUCCACCCGUCAGCGAGGAGAAGCCCCCUCCCCUUCUUCGUGAUGAUUCGAAGUUCGCUUUGGAAAAGCUUACGUCCAUACUUUCUGCAGAGGACUAUGAGGAUCUGGGGAAUCACUCGACGGAGGCGAUGGGAGAGACGGGGUUAUUUGCCGUCGGACAGUCCUUGGUUAUGAUGAAGGGCUUGAUGGACCGUUGCCUCAACCGUGAAGCGGCUCUGGAACGGGUACGGUCAAAACUUGGGAAGACGGAAGAAGAGCUUAGCCAGCUGCACAAGUGGAAGUCCACCAUGGAGCAGAAAUUUGAACUGUCUGAGAAUACAAGAAAGGAGCUUGAACAGAAGACGGAAGAAGCUGGGAAGGUCUUGAAGAGCAGAGCGGACGAGGUGAAAGAUCUGAAGAAAAAGCUCCGUCAUGCAAAGGACGACGCCGUCAGCGAAUAUCGCAACUCCGAGUCCUUGUUGAAGGAGCUGGGAGGAUCGUUCCUUCAAGGCUUUGACGAUGCGCUCCGUCAGAUAAAAAAGACCUACCCAGAUCUGGACGUGUCCAUGAUAACACUUACUGACCAAGAUCAGACUUCUGCCCUGCCCGUCGCCUCCGAAAAUACGGAGGACCUCUUUGGGGAAGAAGCAGCUCAGGGUGACGGAGAGUCCGCUCCGCCGAAUGAGGUCGCUGUUGCCGACCCCAAGAAAGCAGAGUAA